CCCAGGCAGUCAUGUGACGGCCAUAUAGUACUACUCUCGCUCGGCUAAAGGACACAUCAGCAGCACCGGCUGCUGCCCUUGCACGGCCGCCCGCCUCCUCGGCCGCCCGCCUGCCCCCUCGGGCCGUCGGCCCGCUUGCCUUCCUCUGCCCCGCCCGAGCCAGCCUGCUCGCUCUAGUUCAAGGGCACCGGGCCCGGUUCCUGAGACUCGGCUAGCCCGCAACUUUGCUCAUCUCUUAGCGAUCAGGCGGGAUUGGUUUUCUAUUUUUUUCUCUUUUUGGGGGUGGUGUGUUGUUUUUUUUUUUUCCAUCCACAAAGGAGCUCCCACGGAUUCGGAAUUGGAUUGGCGGACCCCCUCUUUUGGAGUGUUUCCCCCCUCCCCUGCGCUAAGCCCUAUUUUGACUCCCCACAAUCCCUUAAAAUUCUCACGGUGCGAAAAGCUCAGGUUCUCAUCUGACCUUGGGAUCUCUUGGUAUAUGCUGGUGGGCACUCCGGAAACACUGUUCUAGGAAUGGUGGAUCACUUACUCCCGGUGGGGGAGUCUUUCUCAACCACCAAGUUCCCCCUUGGUUACCUGGGGGACAUGCCGGCUGGCGGGCGGGCAUACCACAUGCUGCCCUCUCCAUUGUCAGAAGAUGACAGCGACUCCUCCAGUUUCUGCUCUUGCUCCAGCCCUGACUCUCAAGUCCUAGGCUCCGGCUACGGGAGCACGCCCAGUGUGGAGGGCCAGGGCAGCAUCUUAGACUACCUGCUGUCCCAGGCAACGCUGGGGGGCAGUCCUGUGGCCUGGUGGGACUGGCGGCGGUGCCAGCCUAUGGUGAAAGAGGAACAUUUCCGGUUUCCAGAACCAGAAGACAUGGGGCCAUUCCAGCCCACCUUGGAGGAGAUUGAGGAGUUCCUGGAGGAAAACAUGGAGCUGGAGCUCAAGGAAGGGCCUGAGGAUGGGACCAAGGACCUCCGGGUUUGCAGCCAGCUCUCUUCUGGGCAGCAUAAAGACCACAUCCUGCCCGGGGGCAGCUUGAAAGAAAGCAAAACCCCUCAGUCUGGCAGCUCAACGGAAGGUGCCCACAGUUCAAACAGUACAGCGGCCACAGAGGGCGGGAUCCCUGUCAUACUCCAAAUUCAACCCAUGCAGAUCAAACAAGAGUCAAGUACAGGUCCCAGUUCACCGGGCCAGAACCCGGACAACAUUAAAAUUGCGCAGCUCCUUGUCAACAUCCAGGGGCAGACCUUUGCGCUGGUGCCACAGAUCGUCCAGUCUUCCAACUUGAACUUGCCCUCCAAGUUUGUGCGGAUAGCCCCUGUCCCCAUCGCAGCCAAACCCAUUGGGCCGGGCGGCAUGGUGCCGGGGCCCGCAGGGAUCCUGGUAGGCCAGAAGUUUCCAAAGAACCCAGCGGCGGAACUCAUUAAAAUGCACAAAUGUACUUUCCCUGGCUGUACCAAGAUGUAUACCAAGAGCAGCCACCUCAAGGCCCAUCUGCGGAGGCACACGGGCGAGAAGCCUUUUGCAUGCACGUGGCCUGGGUGUGGCUGGAGAUUUUCCCGGUCGGACGAACUCUCUCGACACAGACGCUCCCAUUCGGGUGUGAAGCCGUACCAGUGUCCCGUCUGCGAGAAAAAGUUUGCCCGGAGUGACCACUUGUCCAAGCAUAUCAAGGUGCAUCGUUUCCCCCGAAGCAACCGCUCGGUGCGCUCCGUGAACUGACCUGCCUCCCCCUGCCCUCUCCUCCCACCUCUUGGGCCGAGAACAGCUGACUCCAGCACUUUGUUCAAUGUUUUUUAUAGCGAUAAUUUAUUUGUCUCCAUAACAGGGAACGCUGUUAUCUGACACCACCACACAUGAAUGUUUGUGUCCUCCAAAUGGAAUUUGAGAAUGAAGCUUUUCUGCGGUUAUUAUUUUUAUGCCUGAUCUUCUCCCCCCUCCCCCUUUCAUGUCUUUGCUGCCGCUUCUUCCCUCGGAAAUUACAGUGUUUUAUUUUAAGCUGUUUUCUUCGGCACAAGGAAAAUUUAUGGGCUCCUUGUAGCUAGUUAAUUACAGUUCUGGCAUUCCUGUGGGCUUUGCUCAUAAACAGGGCUAUUCAUUGUGAGUUUUUAUUAAGCUGGGCCUAUUUGUCCAGUUUGGAUAUAGCAAAUUCCUUUUGGAAAACGAAAACAAGUCCUUUGUGUCCCUAUGGCCACUGCCAAGGGCUCUAGUGGGGGAGGAGGGAUGGAGGGAGGCUUUCAGAAACCCCCAUUUCUUCUUAUGGGCCUGUAACUCCUCGUGGAUCUGUCCUGAUUCAGGAAGCUUUAAAAAAAAAAAGUUGAGAUUUCAGCUGUUUCCCCCAUCUGGAAAUGACAGAACGUAUUUCCAAAGGAUGAAUCCCAUUGGAGCCAAGAAUUCAGGAAGGAAAUCAGUGAAAGUGGGUCAAAGGUCAUUUCUUUCACAUCUCCUGGAGGAUCCUAGGAGGGCGGGGGCUGGAAGGGACCCUAAAGCCCUUCUGGGCCACCCCAAUCCCCCCGUU